AUGCCUCUCUACCCCACAACACCCAGCUCCUCCCAGCCAACCAGCUCCUGUAUCCCCCCAGCCCCCAUCCCCAUACCCAACAACGACCAAACCCACACCUUCACCGUCCUAGCACGCACCACAAUCCCAAACACCCCUCCCCUCGCCAUCCUAAACCUGAUCCGCAACCUCUCCACCUGGAAACAAUGGAACACAUUCUGCCCUCACGCCGUCAUCAAGACUCCAGGCACAGCAGUAAAUGGCUUUGAAAACCACGACGACUGGUUGACUCCAGGAAUGGUCUUGACCAUCGACGUACACAUGAAUGGAGAUGGCAAAAAGAGCCGUACGCAGGACAUCGAAGUCACGAUGUUGCAGGAGAUCAAGGAGGGAGAUAGGUAUGUGAGUCCGGUGCGGAAGCAGGGGGGACGCGGGUAUGUGAUUGCGUGGAAGAGUUUGGGGUGGAAGGGCUGGCAGUUGAGGAGUGUACGGAUUAUGGAGUUUUGGGAGGGCGAGGGCGGGACGGAGUUUGGUGGGAUACUGGGAUCGACUGUCAGGAGGAUGGUUGGAUCAACUUUGGUUGAUCGAUUUGGCGAUUAUGCUAGAGAUGUUAGAGAAUUUUUCGAGAAGAGAGAGGUGGCUGAUGGUGAUGUUGAUCGGGUUGUGGAGGGCUGA